AUGAAUUACGAGGGUUUUCAGCGGGACUUGAAAAUAUCUGCAAGCGACUUCACUUCCAAGAAAAAUAGAACGGCCUUUGGACAGAGAACAAUUGAUCUGGGGGCAAAGAGAGUUGUUGUGCCCGGUAACUUCCCGAUCGGCUGCCUCCCGAUUUACAAAACUGCCUUCCAAACAAACAAUUCGUCGGAUUACGACAAUAACCAAUGCCUCAAGCAACUAAAUGAGUUUGCAGUGUACCACAAUCGGGAGCUGCAGAACGGGAUUAACCGGAUGAUUCAAGAAGAGAAGUCGAAUGCACAAAUCAUGUACGUGGAUUAUUACAAUGCUUACGAGCUCCUCCUACAUUUCGCCAGACAUCAUGGUCUCGAUUCGGAAAGAGCUUGUUGUGGGACGGGAGGGAAGUACAAUUUCAACAUGACGAGCAUGUGUGGGGCCCACGGAGUUCCGGUUUGUAGGAAUGCGAAUUGGUUCGUGAGUUGGGACGGGAUACACUUGACGCAAGAGGGUUACGGGAUAAUGUCUGGGUGGUUGGUGCGCGAGUUGCUCGGCAAGCGCAAUUGUUUUCGGUGGCACUCAUGA